AUGACUGAGGUAAGAACGCCAGACAUUGUAGUUGUCAGCAGGAAAGACAAAGAGGUCCAAGUUAUCGAUAUCUUUACCCCAGGUGAUAGAGGGAAAGAUAAAGAGCAUGAAAAUAUGGAGAAAUGCGCCUUUCUUAUCCCAUAUAUCAUUAUGCUGGUGUUUGGCGGCUUACCAUUAUUCUACAUGGAACUGGCACUGGGCCAGUAUCAGCGUUGCGGUUGCUUUACAGUCUGGAAUAGAAUAUGUCCAAUGUUCAAAGGUAUUGGUCUAUCGAUAUUCGUGAUAUCUACCUACGUAGCUUUCUACUACAAUACGAUUAUAGCGUGGUCGGUUUAUUACUUGUUUUCAUCGUUUAACUAUGAAGUACCUUGGCUGAGUUGUAACAACAGUUGGAACAGUGACAAUUGCACAACCUUCGAACAACGACGAAUCCAAUCCUUACCUAUGAAUAUGUCCACCUCCUCCGCACAAGAGUUCUUUGAAAACAAUAUUCUGGAAAUCCAGUAUUCUAAAGGCAUCGACGAUGUUGGCGGAGUGAAAUGGAAGAUGUUUUUAUGCCUGCUGGGAGUUUUCAGUAUUGUCUACUUUAGUUUAUGGAAAGGAAUCAAAAGUUCCGGCAAAGUUGUAUGGGUUACGGCCACUUUACCUUACAUUGUCCUAUUGGUGCUGCUCGUACGUGGAUGUACGCUUCCUGGAUCAUAUGAAGGUAUUAUUUACUAUCUCAAACCGAACUGGAGUAUGCUUUUGCAACCAGGAGUUUGGAUAGAUGCUGCGGCACAAAUCUUUUUCUCACUCGGUCCUGGUUUUGGAGUGUUGUUGGCUCUGUCCAGUUAUAAUAAAUUCAACAACAACUGUUAUAAAGAUGCACUUAUUACGAGUGCAGUCAACUGUUGCACCAGCUUUUUUGCCGGAUUUGCCGUCUUCUCAGUCCUUGGUUAUAUGGCCCAUGUUCACAAGAAAAGUGUUGCAGAUGUAUCACGUGAAGAUGUUGGUCUAAUCUUUAUCGUCUACCCAGAAGCUAUCGCUACACUGAAAGGUUCCGUAUUUUGGGCCAUAAUUUUCUUUGUUAUGCUAACUACUCUAGGACUUGAUACCACGUUUGGUGGCUUGGAGGCAAUAUGUACUGGUAUUCUUGACGAAUUCCCCAAAUUAAAACGACACCGAGAAUUGUUUGUUGCCUUCCUUCUCGUAUAUUGUUUGCUAGGUGGCCUUGCGACAACAACUUAUGGUGGUAUAUACGUGGUCCAGCUAUUAGAUACUUAUGGCGCCCCAAUAUCUAUAUUGUUUGUUGUCUUUCUGGAAUCCGUAGCAGUUUCUUGGAUUUACGGAGUGAACAGAUUUAGUGAUGAUAUCGAAUCCAUGAUCGGUACCCGCCCAGGUAUCUUCUGGCGUGGCUGUUGGGCGGUGGUCAGCCCAGUCUUCUUGUUGAUGUUAUUCACUUUAUCUGUCGUGAGCGACAGUGGCCCAGUGUACGGAACUUAUCAAUACCCGUCGUGGUCUAUCGGAAUUGGUUGGAUUAUAGUGUGUUCUUCUUUAAUAUGCAUUCCGCUUUAUGUAAUAUAUAAAUUCUUCACAUUGGAAGGAUCAGUGUGUGAGAGACUUAGGAAAAUGAUUCAACCGUCGGAGCUUCCAAAGCACGUGCAGCGACAAGAGGCCGAACCGAUCUUUCUAUGAGUGAAUGGCCGCAUCAAUGUUCCAUGUAAAUUCCUAUUUCGGUGACUGUCAUCCAAAGAAGAGGAAAGAGAGUGAAUCUAGAAGUGAGGAAACAGUUAGACGUCUGUGUCAAAUUUGCACUGAGAGGGGAAUCUAUCUUUCUUCCCUUUUCUCCUUUUUCACAAUUAUGUGACUUAGUCUACGAUGAAGACACAGAAAAGCUAAUCAGUUCGACCUCUCAGCUAUUGGGUUUUCUAACCUCUCUUACCUUUUGACUAUAUAUUUGUUUUCGUAUUCUAUAUUUUAAUUUUUUUUCCUAUCUUUUUGUAUGUGUCAGUUGAGGUGGAACAAAUCCCAGUUGUGUGAAGGAGAUGAAAUAUUUGUUGUUAGUGACUUAAAAACAAACAAAUUUUAUCUGUGCUUUAUAACGUCUUCUCUCUCCUUUCCGCCCCUUUCUCUCUCUCUCUUUCUCUCUCAAAUACAUUCGAUAUACCGUACUAAACAAUAUAGGUGCCGAAUUACUCUCAUCUCUAGCCUCGUUGUCGCGAGAAUUAAAAUAACGUCGUUAUACAUAGAUUGAAGGACCGAUUCUAUUUCUUCUUGUGCUUGUUCUAGAUCUUGCUUUAUCUUCUUGAUCUUUUCCUCCUCUAUCAUUAUUUCAGCAUUAACUGAAUAAAGUACCAGUUAAAUACAGGACUCAGUAUAAUGGCCUCUAGUGUCUAUGAUUGAAGUUAUUAUUUCAUCAUUGACUUUACAAGUUCCAAUUCUCUUUUUGCCAAUUGUCUUUUAGCUUUUCUCAUUUUUUAAAAACUGCUUAAUUAUUUUCUUCAAUUUCUUUACUUUCUUUCUCCCUAGUUAACUUCUUAAAUAUUCUCUUCCUUUUGGUAUUCAUUUCAUCACUAUGUUUAACUUCAUCGCUUUGUUUUAUCUCCUGCCUUCAUUAUCAUCUUCUUUCUCUUCGCCCUCCUCUUCUGUCCCCUUCCUUUGUUCAUUCUUCUCUUCAUUAUUAAUUCAUAAUUAUUUAACAAUCUACCCUAAAAUAUUCUUAUUCUGGACAUCUUCCUUUCCACUUUUAACCACCUUAAUUUUGUUUAAUCUUCUUCCAUUUCCCCCUCCACUUACCUGUAACAUCUAUUUUGAUACUUUUUAUUCUUCCGCUAUUUUUCUCCGACUGGUUUUUUUCCAGGAUCGAACUCCUUUAUUUUCUUCCUUCGACUUUUCCUUACUCUUCUACCAAUCAACUUAAAACAGUUGGAGGAUCCUCAACUAAGUGAACUCGAGAUAUUUCAGGGAAGAUUCUUGAUUAUGAGAAUAAUCGUUUUAUUUUACUGGAUUGUCCAUUCUUAUCUACCUUCACACGUUUUCUAACAGCAGACAUACACGUAUAAAGAUAAACACACACACACACACACACACACACACACACACA